UUCAGUCUGGCGUUUUCCUAAGCAAGAGAGAGGGUGAGGGAGUGGGAGAGAAAAAAAAGACACAUUUUUUUUCUAUUGCAGUGGAGGCUAACGAACGACCACUGCGAUUUCUUUUUUUUUUAAUUGGCUGAAAACGGGAUUGAAUUGAAUUCGAUCGGAUUUGGGUUUGUGGAUAGCCGACUAGGGCUAAUUAUCUGCGGUUUAAUUACAGAAUAAAAGGCUGGUUCAGACAAUGUCCAGGGAAAAACAUGGUUUGGAAGAGGGGUAUUGUCAAACGUCCCCUCCCCCCUACAUGCCAUGCCAGGACGUCACCUCCUCUAACGGGGUCCAGCUUCAGCCUCACUACCCUGCGCCAGAGGGCUAUGCACAGGGGGACUUCCCCCCUCCCCAGAGCUCUCAGGGGUACACUGUGCAGACCCAGGGGGGGUCAGGGGUGGAUGGGCCCCCAGCAGGCUACGUUCAGCCUGGGUACCCCUUGCAGCUUCAGCCCUGCACAGCCUACCUGCCUGUCUACCCCAUUGGAGGAGCUGAGCAGUCUUACCUCCCUGGCAGUGGCCCCCAGCCCCCUGGCAUGGUGCAGGGGCAGGUGCCGAUGCAGUUCCCCCCGGGGAUUGCUCUGAUGGAAUCUCGGCGCCCACCUCACGAUUACCUGCCCAUCGCUGUGCUCACCACAGUCUGCUGCUUCUGGCCCACUGGUAUCAUCGCCAUCAUCAAAGCAGUACAGGUGCGGUCCGCGGUUGCCCGUGGCGACAUGGUCUCCGCGGAGAUUGCUUCUCGGGAGGCGAGGAACUUCUCAUUCAUCAGCCUGGCGGUGGGCAUCUCCUCCAUGGUGCUGUGCACCAUCCUCAUCGUGGUGAUCAUUAUAGCCUCCCGGCACGAUGAGUGGGAGCCUUAGCUGCAGAGCGACCCCAGCCCCCUCUCCACCCCCCUCCCGCUGACUGCACCCCUGUCCCUGGCAUCUCGGCUUACGCUUCUCCACAAGCUGGAACAGGAUCCUGGCUCCGUGUCCUAACCUGGUUAGGCAGCUUCUUGCUCCAUUGCUCCACAGGCUAGAAUAGGAUGUUGACAGUUGUUUGGAAGCCAGUUUCCUAAUCUCCAUGAUGCCCCUGUCUAGUCUAGCCAGAGAACCACAGCAAGCCAACAGCAAGCCUACCCUCACUCUCCCUGCUGUUUCUGCUGCUCCCUCUUAUCGUUAGGAAACUCCACUCUCUGUUGACCAUCUUGGAUCUUGUGUCUCCAUAGGCUAGAACAGGAAUCUGAGUCAACGAUUUGAGCCAUGAUGGAGUCAGUUUCCUAGUCGCUAUGAGAGAAUCAGAAAAUGUAACAAGCACACCUUCUUUUGUCUUGCCUACAACCUCACAGCUUCCUCCUUUUAUUGUUGACUGGACUACAGUAUCCAGAAUCCUCCAGCUGAUUCUUCUUUUGCUUGGUGUAAUCCUGCAUCACACAAGCAGUCUUGUCUUUCCUUCGUAGGGUUAUUUCCCAAACAUUCCGAUCGUUCGGGUGCAGCAUGAGCAGUGAAGAGUGCUGGUUAGAGAGUAAGGAAUAAAGAGAGUGUGGUUCAGAUGUAGGGUGUAGGGCAGGGGGUGUCAAACUCAGUUCCUGGAGGGCCGCAGUGUCUUGAGGCUUUCGUUCCACCCGAGCUCUCAAUUACUUAAUUGGUCAAAUUAUUGAUUAAUUGGACACAUUGUCCAGUCCUCACAGUGUUUUAUAGGUAGUGUACCUUGAAUCAAAAUGCAUUUAAGUCAUCAGCUGUAACAGACCUUGAAAAAAUAUCCAAUUUAACAAGUAAUUGAUCGAAUAUGUUAAUUGAGAUCUAAGUUGGAAUGAAAACAAGAAGUCUUGCAGUCCUUGUUCACUGGAAUUUGCAGGGGUGAAGGAUGAAGGGUGAAGAUUAGGUGCAGGCUGUAUGAGACCUUUUCUUAGUGCCUCACCUGUUUACACACAAAUAUAUAAAUAUACACUGCCUGGCCACUUUACUAGGGUCUGUAACGAACAGUGGGUUCAAGGUGCUGGAAGGUGUUGUUUCAUCAAUACUUCAGACUUGACAAGCCUCUCUAUCUUCCCUCACUCCAUCACCAACUGUUUGCGAUCACUCAGCCCUUGUUUCUUCCGUUGUUGAUACACUCUGAUAACCAGUGUCUUGGAGCAGCCGACCUACAAGCCUGUCCUGGUUACUGUGACACGUGCUUGAGGUUCACAUGCUGUCAUGCCUGUUUCCGAUGCUGCUGGAUCUUUCCAUAUUUCUGGUAGAAUUUCUGCAGUUGGGCUGCUCCCACAUCAUAAUAUAGCAUAAUAUAUCAUUAGCAUUAUAUAGUGCUCACAUCAAAUGAUCAACUUCAUUUUCACCUCUAGUUCAGGGUGUUGCUGAUUUCAUUUGGGUAGGUUCUAAUAAGGUGGCCAGCAGUAUAAUUACAGUAUAUAUGCAAAUGUGCAAUAGUCUUAGACAUGUUGCAUUUUUGUAGACUGAUGCAUUAUG